CUACGAGGCUCCCCAACAUGGCUGCUGCUGGACAGUAACAGCUCGGAAGUACAGUUGUAUUUAAAAGGAAAACAUCUUUUAAAAGGAUGCCAGCAAUGACCUGAACAGAACUCCUUCUGAAUGUUAUGAAGAGGAUCCUGUGUGUGCCACACCUGAACAACAAGUAAUCCUCCAAACAAAAAGCUCCCGUCCCAGAGUUCAGCUGGUCCCUGCAGGUGUGGGCGUGCUUCCUGUCACACUGGCAGAGGAGGCGGAGCAGGAGGUGUUGCCAGGCGGAGGACCGAGGCUGCACCCGCCUGCUGUUCCCGUCUUCCUCCGUCCAAAUCUCUACAACUUCACCUGCAGCCGCCACAGGCAGCAGGCUGAGCGGGCUCUUGGCUGGGGGCCUCCAGUGAGCACCAUCUUAAUUGGUAAAUUGCAGCGCUGCUCUGACGGAGCUCUGCUGGGUGGAGCUGGCUGGUUGAGCAACGGAGCAUGUUGAAUGGUUGUGGUUGCCAUGGAGCAGCAGGAUAAGAAGCAGGAGGAGGUUGCUGUGGCUCUGGGCCUGUCCACUGGCCAGGCUCUGAUGAAGCUCAGGGACCAGCUCAGCACUUUGCUGGAGCAGCACCAAAGGGCUGCAUGCAGACGAGCCUCUGCACAGGAACAGUGGCUGAAUAGCUUCCUUUACCAUGGCAACCGUCACUCCUGUUUCCAUUGGCCGGGAGCUGCCCUCACUCUACUGGUGGUUCUGGGACUCCUCUGUUGCUAUGGCAGCCAGCCAAAGGGCAGUUCUGGUAUCGAGCUGGUGAACGCUGCAGCCCUCCUCCUUCUCUUCCUGCUCAACCUGCUGCUGGUCAGACGUCAGGAGCGGCUGAAGAGGAGCGAGAUGGUCCGCCGUCUCAAGGGCAUCAUCACUCAGCUCAGUGACUAUCUUUCAGGGUGUGUGGGUGAUGCGCGCUGGUCUCCAUCCCUGUACCCGGACCUGUACACGCCCUCGUCCCCGUCAUGGUCCCUCCACUGGACCUACCGGGACUCCCAGCUGGUCAACCUGCCUGUCAGUCUGCUGGUAGAAGGAGACGUCAUCGCUCUGAGACCUGGACAAGAAGCGUUCGCAUCCCUCAGAGGAAUAAAGGAUGAUGAACAUAUUGUGUUGGAGCCAGGAGAUUUAUUCCCCCCAUUCUCCCCUCCUCCUUCCCCCCGGGCCAAUGAGAAGAGAGGACCCCAGAGCCCCCAGCAGCACCGUCUCUUCAGAGUGGUACGGACUCCAGUACUGGACGUGGUCAGGAACAGUUUGGAGUUGGCGUUAGCUCGACCAAUCACGGUGCUGGAUAACGAGAGGUUUACAGUUCAGUCGGUUAUCGCCAAGCUAGUCUGUCCAAUUGUUCUGGGGGCAUUCCUGCUUGUGAACACCAUCCGCUUUUUCUGUGAUGCACCCAGCCUCACCCCACCCUGCUACAACUUCUUUCAACUUCAGUUGAUGGGUGUUCUGCCCAUCUUGCCCUUGCUCUUCCCUGUUAUGUGGGUGCUGCUGAAUGCCUUCGGAGAGGCCAGGGUCCUCGCCGAGUUCAGCCGGGCUUCACCAGCUGGUCUGCUUGCUAAAUUCUCUGAGGACACUCUAAGCAGCUACACCGAAGUGGUUUCCUCCCAGGAGUUGCUGCGUUGUGUGUGGAGACACCUGGUCGGCGUCCUGAAAGGAGAAUCUCAGACUCUCUGUUAUACCUCCAGCCUUUUACACACUCUGGGAUCUGUCACUGUCCUGUGUUGUGUGGACAAGCAGGGCAUCCUGUCGUGGCCUAACCCCAGCCCAGAGACCGUUCUGUUCUUCAGUGGACGAGUGGAGCCGCCUCAUAACAGCCAGGACGAUCUCAGAGACGACCUGUCUGUCAGCUCCUACUGCCGGAUGGAGACGGAUGAUGAUAGAGAUGAGGCCCAGGAGGUGGAGGCUCUGCUCUGUCUACCUGCAGAGUUGAAGCUGGGGGAGGGGCCUGAGCCCAGCGAGACGUCACAUGACACCGCUCGCUCCUCUGAUACGUCCCGGCUGCGGUGCUCCGGCCAGCCGGCACACACCCGCACCAAACACCACUCUGGAUCCAACGUGAGCUUCAGCCACGACACCGAGGGAGGCGAGGACGACCAGGCCCAGGACUUUGCUCUGGGCUGCCCAGAGAUGGAGGCUGAUGACUUUGUGUGUGACUACCACCUGGAGAUGCUCAGCCUGUCUCAGGACCAGCAGAACCCCGCCAGCAUCCAGUUCGACGACCUCUCCUGGCAGUGCCACCUGCCCUCCCUGAAGCCGCUGGGCCUCAACAUCAUGCUGAACCUCUGCAACGUCAGCGUCACGCAGCAGCUCUGCCGCUUCUCGGACCACCUGUCCAACCUGGCCCUCCAGGAGAGCCACGGCACCGUGCUGCCCGUCUAUGUCCCCUGGGGGCUCUGCGAGCUCUCCAGGCUCAUAGGGUUUACUCCUGGUGCGAGGGAGCUGUUUAAACAGGAGAACCACUUGGCUCUGUACCAGCUGCCGUCAGGAGAGAAGACUAAAGAGUUCACGUCCCGACGCCUUCAUUACUUCACCAAGCGCCAGCCUCCCAUGUCCCACCUCAUCUCCCUGUUCGUACGAGACUCGUCCUCCAAUAAUGUCCAGAUGCUGUCUCAUGGCUCGGCCGACCUCAUCCUGGAGGCCUGCACCGACUUCUGGGAUGGAACAGAUAUUUAUCCCCUCUCAGGCUCAGACAGGAAGAAGGUUCUGGACUUCUACCAGCGUGCCUGUCUGUCAGGUUACUGCUCAGCUUUUGCCUACAAGCCCAUGCAGGUCUCCUUAUCCAACCAGCUGAAUGGGAAGUGUGUGGAGCUGGCCCCGGGGCCCUGCCUCUUCUCCGGGGUGGAGCUGCCCUCCACCAUCUCCAUCAAACACAGCUCCUGUAGGAACAGCUGGAGCUCUGACGAGGGAAUAGGUGAGGGUGUGGAGCGGGAGGACUGUGUCCAGGCCCUCAGUGGGCAGAUCUUCAUGGGAAUGGUGUCGUCCCAGUUCCAGGCCAGACUGGACACGGUCCGCCUCAUCGACGCCCUGGUAACCGCUUGUAUCCGCUUUGUUUACUUCUCCAUGGAGGACGAGCUCCGCAGCAAGGUGUUUGCUGAGAAGAUGGGUCUAGAGACAGGCUGGAACUGUCACAUCUCUCUGACUCCAAACGGAGACAGUCCCUGUGACGGAGCUCCGUCCAGCCCCAGUCAGGGCUCUCUGCACGAAGACCUCAACCAAGAUUCCCGGGAUGAAGCAGAAGGUCCUCUGCUGCCGGAGGAGGAAGCUCACUCUGACCUGGCUAGUUUCCAGCCCACAGACAGCGACGUGCCCAGCUUCCUGGAGGACUGUAACAGGGCCAAGCUACCUCGUGGCAUCCACCAGGUUCGUCCACACUUGAAGAACAUUGAUAAUGUGCCUCUUUUGGUGCCACUCUUCACUGACUGCACCCCUGACACCAUGUGUGAGAUGAUGAAGAUCAUGCAGGAGAACAGGGAGGUUACAUGCUGUCUGGGAAGCUCUGCCAAUUUCCGCAACAGCCGCCUGUUUCUACAGAGUGACCUCAGCAUCGCUCUGGACCCUCUGUACCCGUCUCAGUGCUCGUGGGAGACGUUCGGCUACGCCACCGGAGGAGGAUUUAACGACAGAGACGCUGAAGGUCUGUCUCCUCUCAGACUGUCGGGUCAGCUCAACAGUCUGGGCUGCUCCGUCACCUUCCACCAGGGAGAGAGCGUCAGCAUGGUGAAGCUCAUAGAGCAGGCUCGACACACAACCUACGGCAUCCGCAAGUGCUUCCUCUUCCUGCUGCAGUGUCAGCUCAGCCUGGUCAUCAUCCAGUUCUUAGCCUGUGUAGCCCAGCUUCCUCCUCCCAUGAACACCACUGACAUCCUCUGGCUGUCCUGCUUCAGCUGCCCACUGCUGAGUGUGUCAUUCUUGGGGAAGCCUCCAGACAGUUCAGUCAUGACUGUUGCUACAGGGAAGAACCUCAAUGCAAUCCCAAGAAAGACCCAGAACUACUUCCUGGGCUGUUUCCUGUUGAAGUUCGGUCUGACGGUGUGUUCCUACCUGUUGGGCUUCGGCUUCACCAUGCAGGCCGUCCUCAGGAGCAGCAACUCCACCUUAGCUGACAACUCCACCGUCACCAGCCUUUAUAUCCUCCAACCCAGCUCUUCUCCUGAUGCUCCUCAGUGGUUCGGUGACCUGUCCAACGGGCUGCUGCUGACCCAGAAGGUCAUGGCGGGUUUCCUGGUCCUCCACACAGUGGUGAUCUCUCUGAGCUACGUCCAUCGCUCCCAGCCUCUGUGGAGGAAGAGUCCUCUCAGCAACACCUGGUGGUGUCUCACCGUCCCUGUAGUUCUGCUGAGUCAGCUUGUUCAGGCCACGGUGGAUUACCAGUUAUGGCGGGACCAGAGCAGCACGGUGACCUUUGACCUGAGAGACAUCCCCCUACUGGCCUGGCUGCUGGUCUCUGUGUCCCCGCUGCUGGUGGUGCUGGUCAACGAGGUGGUGAAGCUACAUGAGAUCAGGGUGCGAGUUCGAUACCAGAAGAGACAAAAGCUCCAGUUUGAAACGAAGCUCGGGAUGAAUUCUCCCUUCUGAGGUUCUCCCUCUGAGGAAACUGGUACUGUUGGCAAUACUUGGAACUUUAGUUCUGGAAAGACACUGCAGAGCCCCGGUAACCCCGGUAACCCCGGUAACCCUGGUAACCCCGGUAACCCCGGUAACCCCGGUAACCCUGAGGCCCAGCAGCACUGCAACUAUCAGGUGGAGCAGAGCUCAAACACGGUCACAGUGGGGGCUUUAUCACACAAAUGUUCUAAUUCUGGGUCUGUUUUCUUAUAUAUGAAGGGCAGGGAAACUUCCAAAGCAUUGAUUUUUUUCCGUUUUAAUAGAAAAGAGCCAAAAAUGAGCAAUUAUUUAUUGUAUGGUUUUAGUUAUUUUUAACGGCAUGAGGAAUGUUUUUCUGAAGAGGUUUUUUUAUGCUUUCUCACCAUCAACAUGUCUGUUCCACAUCUGCAUGGCCCAGACAAAAAAUAUGUUUUAGAGAAUUUAAUUUUAAUGUCACUCAUGGAGACACACACAUUUAAACAGACUUCAUUCACUGGAAACACACACAGAGCUGUAACGAAAAGUAACCGCACUGCAGAAAAUGUGUCUAAAAACCAGAUAAAAACAGUAAAUCUGAGGGAAAUGAUCUUGCUGCAUGGACAGAUAAUUUACCUUGACAAGAUUUCUUAAAUUAAGAUUAUUAAAUCUAGAAAUAAGCAUGUUGAACACUUAAAAUAAGAAAUUAACUCUUAAAAAAAGAUAAAUCAUCUAACACUUCUAAAUCUAAAGUUUUUUUAAGAAACAAAUAAUUGUCAUUGCACUCUGCUUGGGCCAGUACAUCGCUGCUUGCAGCUUUAAUUUGAUCUAUUUUGUACAUUUUUUGUCUUUUUUGGUCAUUUUGUGAACAAAAGAAGAUGUAAAAAGACACAAAAAAGACAAAAAAAACAACACAAAAAGACGUAAAAUGACCAAGAAAGACAUAAAAACACAAAAAACCACCAAAAAAAAGACACAAAAGAUGUAAAAUCACCCAAAAAAGACAAAAAAAACACCAAAAUGUCUUUAUAUUGGGAAGAAACAAAUAGAUGUGUUGGAUGAUUUAUCGUGUUUUAAGAGUUAAUUUCUUAUUUUAAGUGUUCAACAUGCUCAUUUCUAGAUUUAACAAUCUUAAUUUAAGAAAUCUUGUCAAGGUAAAUUAUCUGUCCAUGCAGCAAGAUUAUUUCCCUCAGAUUUACUGUUUUAUCUGGUUUUUAGACACCAUAUUUUUUGCAGUGUGCAUUGAAUUAUGGCCGGUCAUUAAAACAGACUUCAUUCACUGGAAACACACACAGAGCUGCAAAGAAAAUCAACUGUAGAGUCCCCGAAGCUUCAAUAAUAAUAAAAUGAAUGUUUUAUUGUGAGAUGGAUAAUCACAUGACUGUAUAAAAUAUACAAAAGGAACAAUAAUGUAUAUUGUUGGUCAAUUUAUAUAUUUUAAUCCAUAUAUUUUACACAGUUUAUUCAUAGGAAUAUUUAUUUCAUAGUGGUCGUUGCUUGGCAACUACAGAAUAAAGGUGUAACUCUACCUCUGGACUAAAAAAUGUGACAAAGUAGAAACUAAACCUUUCUGUCAUUUUGAGCCACAUUUUAAUCUUCACUGUGAUCGCCUGCAAGACAACCUUCAACAUUAUUUUAUGGUGUUUUUUGUGCUUUUUUAAUUUCUUGAGCUAAGCCAAGCCGGUUGUAAUAAGGAUUCACUUGAAUCAGUCACGUUUUCUACACGUAGAGCUCUUAGGGGUGCACCGAUUUUGUGCAAUUUUCUGGCCGAUCACCGAUUUUUAAAAAGCCUGACCUGCCGAUUCUGAUUCUGAUUUUGGCCGAUACCGGUUUUUUUAAUAACUCACAGCUGAACCUUCAAUGUUUGAAUCUUAUUUUAUUGAGAAACGAUAACACAGCAGUAUUUAUCUUUAACAAAUAUCUAUUUUGUCAAUUUUUUGUCUUUUUUGGUCAUUUUGUGAACAAAAGAAGAUGUAAAAAGACACAAAAGACCAAAAAAGACAAAAGAAAACCCCUACAAAAAGACGUAAAAUGACCCAAAAAGAAACAAAAUACGUAAAAUGACCAAGAAACACAUAAAAACACACACAAAAAAACACAAAGAAGACACAAAAGAUGUAAAAUCACCCAAAAAAGACAAAAAAACCCACCAAAAUUUCUUUAUCUUGGGAAUAAAACAAAUAAUUGUCAGGUCACUGCAAAUAAAGGAAAUCACAACGUCUGAGGUAGUUAAUAAAACAUUGAACUUAAAAUAAAUAGCAACAAUUUACAGGAUAAACUAACAAAAUAACUGCAACCAUAAAUAAAGUGUCCUGAGUUUCUGGUUCCAUUAUAAUACAACAAACAUACAACUCAGUCAUGCAGAAGGACGUGUACGUGCAGACGCACUUUCAGACCUUUGUGGAGGAAGAUAAAAACGGUUUGACGUCAAAGAAUCGGCAGCAAAAUGAAGGAAAUCGAUGCUAAUCGAUCAGCCGGCCGAUCAAUCGGUGCACCCUCAUAUAGCUCCAUUUAAAUGUUUACUGUACUCACAUUAAUCACUGAAGAAUGUUCCAGCAUGAUGUUUUAGAGCCACAGCCGGCUGUGCAGAGGUCUUAGUGAGUCCCUCCCCCACAGAUAGAAUAAUAGAAUAUAUAAUAAUAGUGUUUAUUCUACCAGUCUGUUGAAAGUUGCUUCAUAUGAUUCAGUUGCCUUUCUUCUUUUCAUCCUGUUGGCUUUUUCAGUCCUCAAUACUGUGCAGUGUUUCCCUCAGAGUUAGACUUUACUGGUAUUAAUGUGCUUUUAUGUUAAAUUAUUUGUGUAAUAUUUGUCUUACUUGAAAAACAACAACACAUUAUUGCCAUAAAAAUUAUUAUUUUAAUAUUUUUUUAAAUAUUUAUUUACUUAUGGCUUUACAUUUUACACACACCAGUUGUAAAACUGUCUAAAACCAGUUUGAUAUUAAGCCAAACACCGUAAAAGGCCGAAUUUUACCAGCAGGUGUUUCGCUCCAGAGUGGAACAUAAUGGGACUGACUCCAGGCCACUGCUGUAAUACACCUAUAAGCCUGUUUACUUUUUUCUCACUCUGCCACGUCUCAUCUGGUCAAACCAAAAUCACAUGAAAGUGUGCCACCAGAAACUGAAUUUGAAUCAUUUAUAUUUGAAUUUGAAUUGCGUAACUUGAAUAAUUGCAUUAAAAAAAUUGAAUUUGAAUCACAUAAUUUGAAUUUGUAUUGUUCAAUUUGAAUCAUUGCGUCGAAAAACUGAAUCUGAAUUGUAAUUUGAAAUUUAAUUUAUUAGUUUGGAACUCACAAUUCAAAUUCAGUUCGCAAAAUCCAAUUUUCAAUUUUAUGCGAAGAACAUCUGGGUAGUUGAGGCAAAGCAAUCGAGCACAGAUACACAGAUCGCCUCUUCGGCCAAUCAGCACCUCCGUUUUUUGUUGCCAAUUGUUGCCACAGAUUUGGGUUUGGAUCCUGAUUGUGCAUGUGUCAAUGUAUGAGUAAUCAAUAGUGUGAGUGAAUGAAAAAACAGGCCAACAAGGGGUUAAAUUAAUCAAUACGCUGCGUAGCUCAAUCACAGGUGGUGUAAAAAUGCUAAAAUGCUAAUAAACCUUGUUGGUCCACUCCAGUAAAAUCUCUCUGUGGGAAACUCUGCUCUUUGUUUUCAAAUAUAGAAAAAAAAUGUAGUUUAAUAGAUUUAAUUGAUUGAUUACCCCUCAUUUCAUAUUUAAUCUGCUAACCAUCAUAUUCCUGAGAUUUUGUUUUUAUCCCCGUUAAUGAAUUAAUGUGCAGCAAACGUCUGUAUGACUGGCGGUCUCUGACAACCAGAGCAGCCUUCUCUGUGGUGCUUCUUCAUUUAGACCGACAUGACUUUAAUAUCACUACUGUAAACAUAAGUGAGAUGAAUUAUGAUGCAUUUACUAGUAAAACAUUUCAUUAAUUCUACUUCAGUCACUCAUUAAAGCUUUUUAUAUAUACUGUCGUGCUUGGAAGGUCCUAAGGCAAAAAUGAUGGUCCAGAAUUUUUUUUUUUUGGUUUGUGGUUUAUUACAUUCAGGGGCGUUACAGUCCAGUAUUUUUUUUUUCCAGAAAAUGUAUUAUAUCCCAAUAUUUAUAUUGAUAUUGUGGUAAAAAAAAAUCAUAUUUACUGUUCAUCAUUUUCCCCCCAGAUUUUUUUAAAUGCAAAUUUAAGUCACAUUUAUAUAUCAAAGUUUUUACCCCACAAAUGUAAUAAAGCCCACAAACUUAAUACAUUUUCCACAAACUUAAUAGCCGCUUCCUACUUCAAUUGUAACAUGAGAUUUCCCACAAAUGUAAUAACUUUUACGUUUGCAGGGACGUUUGUGGGGAAGUGAAAAUAUUCAACUUUCAAUAUUGUAAUAAGUUCCCACAAAUGUAAUAAUGCAAUGAAUAAUGGUCGUUGUGGUGGUGGUUGUUGUUGUUGUAUAGGCAAACGAACAAACAAACAAAUAUAAUUAUCAUUAUUAUAACCAAUAUUGAAAGUUGAAGAUUUUCACUUCCCCACAAAUGAAGUAAGUCCCUGCAAACUUAAUAGUUAUUACAUUUGUGGGAAAUCUCUUGUUACGUUUGUAGUCGGCAGCAGCUUUUACGUUUGUAGAAAAUGUAUUAUGUUUGUGGGAUUAUUGCAUUAAAAGCUGCAGAUUUUCAUUACGUUUGUGGUUUAUUACGUUUGUGGGCAUUGUUACAUUCGCGGGCGUUACAAGUCACCUGUAUUUUAAACAAAUUUGCAGGCAGUCAAGUGGACAAAAACACAAACGGUGUUCCACAUGGCGGGAUGUUGGGGACCCUGAAGUUCUGGAAUUUGUUGGUUUUCCAGCCUUGAUUCUGUUUUUUUUUUUAAACAAAUUUGCAGGCAGUCAAAUGGACACAAACACAAACGGUGUUCCACAUGGCAGGCUGUUGGGGACCCUGAAGUUCUGGAAUUUUUUGGUUUUCCAGCCUUGAUUCUGUUUUUUUUUUUAAACAAAUUUGCAGGCAGUCAAAUGGACACAAACACAAACGGUGUUCCACAUGGCGGCCUGUUGGGGACCCUGAAGUUCUGGAAUUUGUUGGUUUUUUUCCAGCCUUGAUUCUGGUCCAAGUAGUCUUUGCAGGAUUUUAAAGGGGACUUGUGAGCUCAGUAUCUGUGAAUGUCCCGGCUACGGCUCUGUUUCACCUCUUCUAGCUGCUGUGUGUGCCUGUUUUAGUGAUUUUAUUGCUACAAAGCUCUUUUUUUUAAGCUCUACAUUUAAAGUGGGGGAGGGAUAAAAGUACAAAUAAAGACGUGCUAAAAGCACAACAUGGUUUUACGGCACUAAAGUGAGCAUGAAACUACUGAAGAUGGUUUUAUGACAAACAUCACAAUGCAAGAAAACAUUUAUGAUUUUUUAUUUAUUUCGCCCUGUUUUCUAUCAUGACACACAUACGGACUAUGCUGCAUGAAUAAGAUCCAGUGAAUGCUCUCGUCUUGAUCAAUGUUCAACAUGUUUGCAGGAGUUUUACUGUUUUCUGUACGACUCAAAAGGACUCCGUGAAGCCUGAGCUUCAUACUGUGUGUUAUUAUCAGGCUUGGUGACAUUAUCACACACACACACACACACACACACACACACACACACACACACACAGCUGAAGCCUCUGUCGGUUAAUGUGUCGGGAGGUGAUGGACUAUGAUUACACAUAGUUGUUCACAAGAUACAUAAAUGUAUAUUUUGUAUUUUUUAAAGUGUUUAUGUUCAGGACUUUUGACAAAUUUGUUUGUGUAUUAUGUCAUGUUAAUAAAAACGCUCUUAUUUA